UUCGAGAGAGCGCUUCGGGAGGAGGAGGCGGCGGCACAUCCGGCGCAGCUCUGCGGGAGGCGUCUGAAGCCGGGCUCGGCGCGCCCGUGGUCGCGGGAGGCGAGGCGGGGAGCUCUCCGGGGGCGAUGCUGGAGAGCCGUCGGCGGCGCCGGGCGAUGCUGCUGUUCCUGGCGCCCCGAGAGCCUCUCCAAGCGCCCGGGCUGCUGGCGGAGUGGACGGCUUGGUGAGCGGCGCGGGCUAGGGGGGCUCCCUCUGGCCAUGCGGGUCCGGCGGCGGCGGCUGGUCCAGCGGUUCGCCUUGACGGAGGAGGAGGAGGAGGAGGCGCGCCCUCGGUGAGAGCCCGGCCGCUGCGCCCCUGACCGGCGUGCGCCAUGACGAAGGAGGAGUGCAAGGCGCUGCUGGACGCGCUGAGCAAAGUGACCGCCUGCUACCGGCACCUGGUGCUGACCGUCGGCGGCGCCUCGGACUCGCAGAACCUGCGCGAGGAGCUGAAGAAGACCCGGCAGAAAGCCCAGGAGCUGGCCGUGGCCAACCGCAACAAGCUGACGGCGGCCUUGCGGGACAAGACGGUGAGCAAGGAGGACCGCGCCGAGUUCGAGCGGCUCUGGGUGCUCUUCACCUCCUGCAUGGACAUCCUGGAGACCGACAUGCGGCGGGCCCUGGAGCUGGGCCAGGAGUUCCCCCUCAACGUGCCCAAGAAGCACCUCAUGCAGACGGGCAUGUGCGGGGGCACCUCCGCCGUGGCCGCCCGGGCCAUGAGCGUCCAGAACAUGAAGUACGAGGCCGCGCACAACAUCGACGAGGUGGACCUGAAGGACCUGGAGAACGAGAUCAACCAGGUGGGCGAGAUGGUGUACGAGAUGGAGAUGAAGGUCAACGUCCCGCAGUGGACGGUGGAGGCCAAGCAGGACCCCGGCGCAGAGCUCAACUCUGCCAUCAGCGUGGCCGCCUCCUCCAUCGGCAUGAUCGAAGUGGAGACCAAGUCCGGUUGCGACACUCGCAGAGUGCUGGCCGGGGUUGUGUUCACGGCUGUCCUCCUGGUCGCCGUGGUCCUGGCCGUGUGCGUGGUAAAACUCUCCUAAGGCUGAAAUUCAAGACCCUGGGGAAAGGUUUCUUCCCCCUCUCCUCAAGCAGGGGGAGAGGGUGAGGGGCUUACAUCCGCAGAUAACGGUUUAGUGAGCCCAGGAUGUACCCGAGUGGAUCUUCUGGCUGGAAUAGUGAUGUGGUGUCUGAUCAGACCCUUGGCAGGUCGGGGGAGAUCUUUUUACAAUUCUCUAGCUUUAAAAAACAACUGAUACAAGAUACGCCUGUUUGCACAAUACGCCUGUGCGCAUUGACCUGGCGAUGAUCCCCACUGAGCGACGUGGGACUUACUUCUGAGUAGGCAUGCCUACGAUUGAGCCAAGCAUCUGUUCGCUGGGCUCUUUGUGGUUAAUAAUAUAUGGGUAUUAAAACUGCCUGCUGGCGCAGGGAUUUGACUGCUAUUUAUAGAGGGCUCUUCUCAGUAACUAAACACAAACAUUCACCAAUAGACUGUAAUUUGGGUCCCUGUUGACUAACAGCACAGGAUUCGAAGGUGGGCGUGUAUUAGGUGGGAGAAUGGAGGAUCCUGAGAAAUUAAUUUUUUUUCUCCUGCAAAAGAUGUGGAGUCCUGCGAAGACACAUCUGUUUUCCUUCAAAAGGAAGUGACCAUGUAAUUUUUAUCCUGUGGAGCUAGAGUUGAGCAUCUGUGUUUAGCCCCAAAUAAUCUGCAGAUUAGAACUACGUGCACCAAGAAUCAAUGAAAGGCAAUCCAGGUCUGCAGGGAAACAAAGGGUUAAGCACCAGUUUCAGAGGUCUUAAGACAAUCCUUUUCCAGCCUCCUGUUUUGUUACCUGUUCUUGGGUAGCAUAACCCCAUUUCUUUUUCUUUGGGUAACCUGAUCCCAUUUCUUUUUCUUUGGGUUAAAUGCCACAGUAGCUGCAUUCCUAACUUGUCCUACCAGACAGUAGGCUUUGUGGCAUUCGGUAGAGUUUUCUUCCAUCUAUCCGUACACUUCACUGAUAGCAUUUAAGUUUGAAGUCUUAUGCCUAAUUACCCUGGAGAAUGCCUCAGUGGAGUGUAUUUCUUAAUGAACAAACCCAGCAUUGUGAUGAGCAACUUCCUGGAUUUCAUGAUCGGUGCACUGCAGCUGAAUAGUGGGACUGAUGGAUCUGUUAGCAAGAUGCUAAUCACAUUUACUCAGAAGUAAGUUAAAUAGGAGUCCUUAAUAAGUACUUAAGACUUAUGUCUUAAAUUCCCAUGCUCUUGUUUGAAGACUUUGCUGACUGCAACCUCAGGGUCACAUUAUGAUCUUGGGUUAUGAGCACAGUUGGCUGUUUGUGUUCAUUUUGUAGUUUAACAGUACUGGAAAACACACAACAACCAAUUUGUAGCUUUAUUUUUAAAAGGUACACAGGCCAUUCAAAAUCAUGUAAAUGUUCAAUCUCCCCUAUGCAAGCAUCUAUACAAAUAGAUGCUUGGCCUCACGUUGAUAGUCUGAGGUUUGUACAUGUGCAUCUCUUAAUGGGAUUUACAUAGGUGCCUGCAGGACUCAAGAAGAUUAGAAACAAUCUUAUAAUCUUGACAUACCCAAAUACCUUAUGGUGACUUGGAUGGCAGCAUUUGGCCUGCAGCUGACAGGAGUCCUGUGAUACUUGAGAAUCUUAAGUGUAAGAAGAAUGUAAACCUUAUGACAAUCUUCCCUCCUUUCUGAAGUGCACCCAGAAUAACUGGACUUUUUAUAUGCUCUGUGAUUUAUCAGCUUCCAACCCAAAUAUUACAUCUAAAACGCAUCUCCUUACAGAUUAUGGUACUGUUUUUCCUGAUUUUAUUGUAUGGUUUUGGAAUUUUAGCCCCCUUAAAUCCAGGCAGAAAGAAUGGCCAUAAACAUUUUAAUAAUAUAUUUAAGGCAAGUACCUUAACUAUAGCAUGUGGAAUUCGGUUCCAUUUAUUUUUUUAAAAAACUACCAUGUCCCAAUGAUUUUAGAUUGAAAUGCUAGCUCCGCUGACAUUUUUGCACUUUGAUAUGUGCAUUUCUGAGUUCAAUGGAACUUACUCCCAAAUAAGUGUGCAUAGUGACACGACAUGCAUUGAAAUGUGGGAGUAACUUCAGUGUACACAUGCAUGGAAUCAGGACGCAGGGCUGUAAUUCUCCAUGAGCCCCACUGAGUACAGUAAGACUUACUUCUGAGUAACCAGUUAUAUGAAUAGGCUGCCAGUCUCACUCAGUGGGGUCUACACUGAACUUUUCAUGCUUAGGUACAGCUGCAGUUUUAAGCUGCUAUUAACAAAGUAAAACCAAAAUAUUUGGAUUUAAACCAGUUUGCUGACCAAUCUGGAACACGCUCGUGUCAAAGUCUAGAACAGAUCCUUUGCUACACAUCACAUUCUAUGCAAGCUCACAGCAUUUCCAGUUAAGUGUGUUCAGCAUGGAGUUGUCCAUCAUAUUGAUAUUUAUGGAGGAUAUAUUAUUUAUGUAUUUAUUUAUUUAUUUCCCUGCCUUUCUCCCCAAAGCAACUUAAAUAUGCACAGAUUUGGGGUGGGGUGGGGGGUGGGGUGGUCAUGAGUUUCUAAGCAAAUAUGAAACUGACACAUUCAUCUUCCCUGAUUCACAUCCUUUAGAUCAUAGGUGUCAAACUGGCGCCCCUCCAGAUGUUAUGGACUACAGUUCCCAUCAUCCCCUGCCAGCAUCAUGCUGACAGGGGAUGAUGGGAACUGUAGUCCAUAACAUCUGGAGGGACAUGAGUUUGACACCUGUGCUUUAGAUUAAAGGGCUUCUGGCUUAGGCCAGCUAUUCACCAGGGAAGCGAAACCAACCAUGCGUGUUACGGGAACAAUUGCAAAGCCUGCUGGUCAAACGAGAAAAUCUCAGCUUUGCAGAGGCUGCUGCCAGCUGAGACUUUGUGUGUGGGACAAAGAACAUUUUCUUGAGAGUAAGCCUCACUGAACAAUCUUGAGCAGUAUUCUGAGUAGACCUGCAGAAGUAAGUCCUGUGUUGAGUAAGCAAAUGCACUUGAGGGUAGAAUUAUGUAUGGUGUGGAGUUCGGUGAUGCCCAUGCAACCUCCCUCUUAAGACUGGAGCAGUGGAGUCUGUGAUAUCAAGGAGGAUGAUCUGGCACGGGGAAGAAGAGGCAAUUAAUUCUUUCCCUGUGUCACACUUCCCACUGACAACUGCCCCCCAUCCCCCAAUAUACCCAAGUAGGUCUAAUUAUAAAUUUUCCCUCAUUGGGGAGGUAACAGCAGUUUAGGGCACUAGUGGCGAUCUUCAGCUGGAAAACAAGACAAGGAAGAAAAGGUCACAGAACUACACAUAACUGGCAGUUGUACCAUUGAUUACAUUCCAGUUAUCAAAAGCAAUUAUUUAUUUUAUGUUUUAUUGAUUUGCUUUUUUUUUUAGGGGGGGGGGGUGUUGAGGAUUGGAAUUGGGUUUUUUAUUAGAAACUAAAGAGACAGCCCCAAAAGCAUGUGUAGAUUUAUUGGUACUACUGAGCCUGACUUUUAAAAAUAACUGUGCGCACACAGGUUCAAGUUGCUGCUAUUGAGCCCAUUGAUCAUUUCAUGAAAACUGUUCACCAAGGAGAGGGCAUGGUUAUUUUCACUACUACAAGGGCUGGACAUUCUACCAUGUGGCCUAGGCACCUUUUUAUGCAUAAUGCCUGCCUCUUAGUGGUUGACAGAUUACAUGGUUAAACAUGGGAGGGAAAACUGCAGCAGUAUCUUCAUUCUGCAUAUUUGGAUAGUGUAGCUGUCAACAGUGUAGCUGUUCCUUGCUUAUUUGGAGUCCCAGCUAAAGGUCGCUCUUGUAUUCCAGUUUUGAAACAAUCAGUUGGAACUGACAAGAGGUUUUAUACCCACUAUAAUUCAUGUGCCCUGACCUAGAUGGCCCAAACUAGCCUAAUCUUGUCAGAUCUUGGAAGUUAAGCGGGGUCAGCCCUGGUUAGUAUUUGGAUGGGAGACCACCAAGAAAGUUCAGGAUGGCUACGCAGAGCAAGGGAUUGCAAACCACCUGUGUUAGUCUCUUGCCUUGAAAACCCUACAGGAUUGUCAUAAAUCAGGUGCGACUUGUGACACUUUCCAUCCCCACCACCUUAAUUCCUGUAUUUAUUCUAUAGAUUUUAGAGGCUUGCAAAGUGUCAGUAUGCCCCAUCUGCUUUGCAAAUGGUCCAGCAGCUCUGUAAAUCUGCGGCUCCACAAAAUAUGUUGCUUGGGCAGAUAGUUCUUUAUUCUGCUGUGACCAAUUCAGGCUUGUUUUCCUCAUACCCUGCUACUGGAAGAUAUUUUCCUUUGACUAAAUGGGGCUUUCCUCCCUUUUUUUAUUGGUAAAUGAUCUUUAAAAAGGUGCAGUGUUUUCAAGUUUGUGCAAAGCCAGCUCCUGAUUGAAAUGUGUUCUUCUUAGGCCACACUACAAGUUUACAUCUCGUUAACUUGUCUGUUCCUUAAGAACAUUACUACUAUCAUCUGGGCUCAGGUCAAUGUCCAUGAAAUGUAAAGAUAGACUUGAGUGACAUAGGAUUGUCACUAUCUAUUUAGUUAAUAUCCCCAACGUUAAUCUCUCAAGCAUGCCCAGUGCGACCGCAUGUACAAUGUGACAUAGGCACAGCUGCCUAUCCUAUAGUUAACUAAGAUGAUCAGCUGUCCCUGUGUUAUAUAAAAUUACAUUUUUGAAGGUUCAGUUUGCUAUGCACGAGGCUGAAACUCCUGAGCAGGUCUACUCAGAUGCAAGUCCUCUUUUAUUCAGUGGGGCUAAUUCUUAGGAGAAUAUUCGUAGGAGAGUAACCUAUGAAAAAUCCUCCUUCCUAUCUGACCUCCCUACUAUUAAGAAAUAACAGGAGAGAAACCACUUGGAGUUCGACGGAUGCUUCUGACGGAUAUAGAGUGGUAUAGUAACAAUCCUUCUGAAAUAACUUGAAAUAUAUUUGAAGGAUUGUUAGUACCAGUUGCUCUUCUUAAGCCGUCCAAAUCACAACCCAAAUGUAUAGUCAUUUGUAACUGACAAGAUCAGAAGCCUGGCACUUCCCCAGUUCCUUCUGGAGGGUUUUCAGAGGUCUACCCCAAUUGCUAACCAAUGUUAUAGUUGGCUAUUUAAAAAAUAAAUAUCAGUUUGUAAGCAAGGAUAUUGAAUUAAAAAGUAAUGCAGCCAUUAGAACUAUGCUCUAUCAAACUGCUGAAUACAUUGUAAGAAGAAAUAUAUUAAUUCACAGUUUUGGUUUUGGUUUGAAACCACUUUUAAAAAUACUUUUUAAAGCCUAAGAUUCUCCUAUGUUUACAGCCUUACCAAUUUUUAUUGUUGUAAGAAUGUAUAUUUUCAUUGGAAAACAUAGGGGGGAAUUGUUUUUGUAAAUACAUUUUUAUAGAUCAAAGAUCGCUGUAUUUAUAGACUAUGGUGAAAUGAAGUAUUUUGGCUGUGAUGGUGCCCCAGCAAUUAUAAGCAUUCAGAACAAAAGGGGGGGAGCAUAUUUAAUUUUCUGUUUCCAUUUUUUUCUAGUCUGUGUCACAGAGUCACUUUAGUGUGGAUGUGGAAGUGUUAAGUUAUUGUAAUGAGCUGGCAUCAUUCUAUUUGUGUAAGAAUGUUGCUUUCCAUUGGGAUAAUUUCCAUUGCUAUUAUUUAAAAUAAAGUCUGUUCUGUUAA